UUCAUGCCUCCCUGCUCGUUCCGCCAGUGUGCUGUUUUAGUUACACAGGGAAACGCCGGAAAAUUCAUAUUCUCUCAGGCUGGAUUCACUCGUUUUCACCAAUGCGUGGAGUUUAUUCCCCGGCAAGCACGGUGACUUCUUAAAAACUUCACACACUGGGCUUGGUGCACCCCCUGGAGUUUUCAGGGGGAUGGAGCAGCGCGGAGGUGCGGGCAUGGGAACAGAGAGCCCCGGCCUUCAGGACAGCGCCAGCCCGGAAGAGAGAGGGGUGAGCCCUGCCUCCAGUGGCCCCCCGCCAUGCAAGUUGAGCUGUCCGGAGGUCAAUGGCAGCCCAAUAGCUCCGCGAACCAGACAGAACGGCACACCGCUGAGACCGCUAGGAGGUUUGAUGAUCCCAGUCUACUGUGUGGUGGAGCAUGCAGAUGUGGGCGUAGCUGGUGACUGUGAGGGGCAUGGCGACCGUAAUGCUGAAUUUGUGUUGGUCCGUAAGGACGUCCUCUUCACACAGCUGGUAGAGACAGCACUGGUGGCCCUGGGAUACUCGCACAGUUCAGCUGUACAGGCAAGUGGCAUCAUUAAAGUGGGCAGGUGGAAACCGAUGCCCAUCCACUACUUAACAGACGCUCCAGAGGCAACAGUGGCUGACAUGCUGCUGGACGUUUACCACAUGGUCACACUGCGGAUCCUACUGCACAGCUUUGCGCGGCUCGAGGAGCUUCCAGCUGAGCAGUGGACCCACGCCACAGUGAGGAACGCCCUCAAAGAGCUGCUCAGAGAGACCAACCAGAGCACACUGGCCAAGGAGUGUCCCCUCUCCCAGAGUAUGAUCUCAGCGAUAGUGAACAAUUCCUACUAUGCCAACGUCUCCACCUCUAAAUGCCAGGAGUUUGGAUGCUGGUACAAGCGGUACAAACGCAUCAAAGGUGAAUAUAUUGAGAAGAUGUGGUCAGCACAGGACAAGUCAGAAAUAAAAGUGGAGAGGGAUUUGGACCUGAGCGUCCUCAGCCAGCGUCCUCCCUCUCUCUUACCCUCCCCCACCCAUUUGGGCACCCUGGGCGGACCGGGAGCUCUGUCCAUCAAGAGUGGCCUCGGGGACUCUCAGACCUCCACCCAGCCUCACUGUCUGCCUCACCCCACCAGCCAGCACCACCCCAGUCCUCCACUGCGUCCGCAGGCUUCACCUCUCAUGGGCCACAGUGGGCUCCUGUCCCCACAGCUUGUCCGUCAGCAGCUCGCCAUGGCCCACCUAAUCAACCAGCAGCUAGCAGUCAGCCGCCUACUCGCCCAUCAGCACCCACAGGCAGUCGACCAGCGGUUCCUCAACCAUCCGCCCAUUUCACGGACAUGCAAGGGCUCUGGGGCCACUACUGAGCCCAGCCUCAACUGCUCAGGGGCUGAAGUCUCCUUCGACAUAUACCAGCAAGUCAGGAAUGAGCUGAAGAGGGCCAGCAUUUCCCAGGCCGUGUUCGCCCGUGUGGCUUUUAACCGCACACAGGGGCUACUGUCAGAGAUCCUUCGUAAGGAGGAGGAUCCUCGCUCGGCCUCACAGUCGCUGCUGGUCAACCUGAAGGCCAUGCAGAACUUCCUCAACCUGCCAGAGGGCGAGCGAGACCGCAUCUAUCAGGAGGAGAGAGAGAGGAGCACGAACGCCAACCACAACCACUCCACCAUCCACAUCUCCAACACCAACACACACAGACACACACAGGCGAAGUGCGUCCUGACCGGUGCAGAGCUGCCGUUGAAGCUGGACUCGCUGGUGAACAUCACGUCGGCGAUCUACGAAGACAUCCAACAGGAGAUGAAGAGGGCGAAGGUCUCCCAGGCUCUGUUCGCCAAAGUGGCUGCCAAUAAAAGUCAGGGUUGGCUGUGUGAGCUGCUCAGGUGGAAAGAGAGCCCGAGCCCUGAGAACCGCACACUGUGGGAGAACCUGUGCACCAUCAGGAGGUUCCUGGCAUUAAAGCAAGCUGAAAGAGACCAGGUCUACGAAGAGGAGUCGAGGCAGCAGCACAGCGACAGGCUCCACACUGUCCUGCACAUCCCAGACCAGCAGGCACUGCACAGACAGCCCCUACCACCUCCAACAGCGCCAUCUCCCAUUCACGAAGAACCACAGCCCAUCCCAUCGUUGGUGUUGCAUGGCUCAGAAGACGGGCCCCAGCGUGGGAUGAGCCCUGGCCUUGGAGGGGGAGGACCAAAGAAGGCCCGCUCGCGGACACGGAUUUCCCUUGAGGCCCUGGGAAUCCUGCAGAGCUUCAUUGGCGAUGUGGGGCUCUACCCCGACCAGGAGGCCAUUCACACCCUGUCAGCCCAGCUGGAUCUACCCAAGCACACCAUCAUCAAGUUCUUCCAGAACCAGCGUUACAACGUCAAGCACCACAACCAGGUCAGAGAGCCCAUCCCCGGGGUGGACGAAAGCGACAGCUUGAGUCCGAGCGAGGGAGGCGUAGGCAGGGUGGGGAGUCAAGGGGAGGAGGGUCUCUCUGCGUCUGAGGAGUCGAGCGAGGAUGGGAGAGGAUCAGCGGAGGUGUUCAGAACAGAGGGAGGAAACAGACAAGAAGAAAGGGAUGUGGAAAUGGAGGUAGAGAAGGAAGAAGGGGAUGAUGGGAAAGUCUCAGUGCCAGCGACUUCCUCCCUGUCCCCCUACAGCAGUCUGGACAGCCCCCACUCUGCAGAGCAACAGAGAUAACAGCAGAGAAACAAGACGGAGAGAACUGAGGAAAACAUUAGAUGGACACCAUCAAACUGUGAAGCCCACAGACAGAUAACCUGUGAAUAAACACACAUUUUCAUACUUUAGCAGAGCUGGUGAUCAGAGCUCGUUAAUAUCUGAAGAACUGUGGAAAAAUAAGAAGUAAGUUUAACUGAAAAGGGAUCUAAAGAUACUACCACUGCCGCCAGAUACUACAAGUGUUUUUGGUUUGAUGCUGCCUGUAGAGGAUUUUCAAUACCACUUAAAGAAAAAACACAUUUCUCCUUUAUACUCCUAAUUUUUCUGCUGAGGACGGGAAUACAAUUCAGUCAGCACUAGAUCAUCACUACAACAUUGCCAAAAUCUCCAACACUUGCCUCUGCAAAUGCGUUAAA